CAGCCCACCGCCUCAGUUUGUUGUGAGGAGUGUAACAUCACUGAUCCACUAUCGAGUAUGUUAGACAACGAAGACUUUAAGUUGGAGACUUCCCCGCGGGAGCUCACCCAGAACCCGCUCAGGAAAAUUUGGAUGCCUUGCAGAAACGGGCACAUAGCUCAGAGACGGGUAUGUAUGACAAAUUGCCCGACCCUGAUUGUGACUGUAGGACUUCCAGCCCGAGGGAAGACUUACAUUUCAAAGAAACUCACUCGCUACCUAAACUGGAUAGGUGUGCCAACCAAAGAGUUCAAUGUCGGCCAGUAUCGAAGAGAAUGUCUAAAGAUCUACAAGUCCUUUGAGUUUUUCCGUCCAGAUAAUGAAGAAGGCUUAAAAAUCAGACGUCAGUGUGCGAUGGCAGCACUCAAUGAUGUUCGGCAGUACCUGAGUGUUGAAGGAGGACAGGUGGCGGUCUUUGAUGCCACAAAUACAACAAGAGAAAGAAGAGGUACCAUCGUCAAGUUCGCUGAGCAGAAUGGGUUCAAGGUGUUUUUUGUGGAGUCUGUGUGUGAGGACCCAGAUGUUAUUGCACAAAAUAUAGUGCAAGUGAAGUUGGGCAGCCCAGACUAUAUUGACUGCAACACAGAGGAGGCCAUUGAGGACUUCAUGAAGAGAAUCAAGUGUUAUGAGUCCUCCUAUCAGCCGCUGGACGAGGUUCUGGACAGGGACCUGUCCUACAUAAAAAUCAUGGAUGUGGGCCAUCGUUACCUGGUGAACCGUGUUCUUGACCACAUCCAAAGCCGAAUUGUCUACUACCUGAUGAACAUCCACAUUACACCGCGCUCUAUCUACCUGUGUCGCCACGGUGAGAGUGACCUCAACAUCAUGGGACGCAUCGGAGGAGACUCUGGCUUGUCUACGAGAGGAAAAGAGUUUGCCAGAAGUCUGAGGAAAUUCAUCCAGGAACAGAAUAUCAAAGAUCUGAAGGUGUGGACCAGCCAGAUGAAGAGGACAAUACAGACAGCAGAGUGCCUAGGAGUGCCAUACGAACAAUGGAAGUAUCUCAACGAAAUAGACGCUGGUGUGUGUGAGGAAAUGAUGUAUGAGGAGAUUCAAGAGCAUUACCCUCUGGAGUUUGCACUGAGAGACCAAGACAAGUACCGCUACCGCUAUCCAAAAGGAGAGUCAUAUGAAGACCUGGUGCAGCGACUGGAGCCUGUGAUCAUGGAGCUGGAAAGACAGGAGAAUGUUCUAGUCAUUUGUCACCAAGCUGUGAUGCGCUGUCUUCUUGCAUAUUUCCUGGACAAGACUGCAGACGAGUUGCCUUAUCUUAAGUGCCCUUUGCACACUGUGCUGAAGUUGACCCCCAUGGCUUAUGGAUGUAAAGUGGAGUCUGUCUCUUUAGGCGUGGAAGCUGUAAACACUCACAGAGACAGACCAGAGAAUGUGAAUGUCCAGCGCAGCACAGAAGACGCUCUGCAAACAGUCCCAGCUCACUUCUAAUCUCCUGCACUUCCUGUUCCAGCCAAGACCUCAUCCGACUUUCGGUUAGGGCCUCUGAACAGCAUUAUGGGAACUGUGCGGUUGAACUGCCUACAAUGGUAGCUACUUCACUGCUCUGGAGAAAUAAGUAUCAUCCCAGACUCCAACUAUAAAGCACUUUCACGAAAUAUAAUCCAUUUUUAUACGUCUGUUUGUUGUGAACUGUACCGUUACUGUAGCUCAAAAAUGCCAAUAUUUUUGAUAUGUGGGUUUACUGUUAUUGCUGUAACAUUCCCUUAACUUUCACCGUCUUUUUCCAUGAUUACAUUUAAUAUCCACUGUAUGUUGUGCACCAUGUAUAUUGCCAUUUGCUUCCAGUGUUUUUGAAAAUGUUUUUCUUGUAUGAAAAACAUGUAUCAUAACCAUAAAAAGACUGUGAGGAGACUGUAGCUACAUAAGUUAAAAUACCCUCGAUGAAAGUCCAAUAUCCCUGACUGCUGUGAACACAUACAAAUGAAUAUCUUAAUUUUGUUUUCCUUUUAUGGUUGUUGAUUAUUUAAAAAGAAAAAAAUGGCCAGCUUGAGUAAACAGAUUUUAAAAUGAUUCUUAAAACAUUCCAGAGAUGAAGAUAAAAUUCUUACACCACAGAGUCCCACGAAAACACCACAAAGGUUUAAAAAAUAGUAUUGUAAAUGCAACAGACACUUUUUCUGUUAAAUGUAGCUCAUGCUCUGUAAUUCAAAAUCCAAACAGAUUAUGGAUGUGAACUUUGUGGGGUUUCAGUUUUUAAGAGAUCAGUGAAAUGCUAUGCUUCUGUCUUAAGAGUGAAACUUAAAAAGGAACUGUAAGGCUGAAGAAUGACUUCAUCAUUCAAAUUAAUACCUGGUUUUAUUUGUGGAGAUUAAAAUAAGGUACUGUGCAAACUGUACAUGCAUGUUAGUUUGAUGUAAGUUUUAUGUGAAAAUUGACAUGUAUUAUACGGUAUGUUAAUUUUUUGAGAACUCUGUACAAUUUCUGUAAUAUUAUGCAUUUGAUAUUGUAUAUAAUUGUAAUGAAAAUCUAAUUCUAAAUGCCUUGUUUGUCUUCAGCUGUCAAAAUCUCAAUAAACCUGCAAUGUUUAGGGGAAAGACAGAGCUGCUGUUUUUGCUUCAUAACUUUAAAAAAACCACAAAAAAAA